AUGCCCGCGGGGUCUCCAGGCGACGAUUCGGAGCUUAUGAAGGCAGCGCCGGACCCCAAGUUAUCUGCCAGCAUACGUCAAAUACCCUCACCAGCGUCAGAAGAUGCAAGAAACGGUCCAGGCGGCAGUAGCAGAGCAGCUGAACGCGGCUUUCGUGGUCGGGGCCACGGAAAAGGCACAACCAGCAAGAGCAAACUUUCCAACAACUCUGCUAACCUAAUGGAUGAGAGCACAGAAGGCGAUGACGAUGAUGAAGACGAUGAGGAAGAGGAGGAUGAAGAAGAUGACGAUGAUGAGACCAACACUGAGGUCAUUGAAGGGAUGUACAAUCCCGCUGAUUACGAACACCUGAUAGUUUCGGCUGAAGUGAAGGAGAUGUUUCAUUACAUCCAGAGGUACACCCCACAGAGCAUCGACCUUGACACCAAGCUGCGACCUUUCAUACCUGAAUACAUUGCCGCUGUUGGCGACAUUGAUGCUUUUCUCAAGGUGAGCCCCAGUCUGAACACCGUCCUUGAGCUCGUGGUCAUCCGAAAGUCAACGACGACGACGACGACUGACCUUAAGUCAUUGUUGCGCAAUAAAAAUCUUCUGACUUCUUCUGGAAGGAAUGCAUUGUCAUUCUUUACGUAUAUGCUAUGCAUUACAUGA